CAUCUACCCAGGCCGAGAUCCCUGUUUUGGGUCCUUACCUUCAUAUGAGGUUAACUGCUUAAGAGGAAUCAACUCGCAGCGCAGCAACCUUUUUCUCUCUGCGUUUGCCCGAACCCCGCACGAGUCUCGAGCAACCGAUUUGAGAUUAUUCCACCGUUUGAGAGCAUCACCCCUCCCUGCAAUCGCAAAUCAGAAUGGGCAAGAAGCGUGUUCUUGUUAGCUAUGGCGUCGACGUCGAUGCGGUCGCAGGCUGGCUAGGAUCCUACGGAGGAGAAGACUCAUCCAACGAUAUCAGCAGAGGUUAUUUUGCUGGAACGAUAGGUGUUCAACGGGUGCUCAGACUCCUCGCCAAGUACGACAUCAAGGCUACAUGGUUCAUCCCAGGACACAGCCUUGAGACCUUCCCCGAGGACAUGGCCGCUGUUCGAGACGCGGGCCACGAAAUCGGCUUACAUGGCUACUCGCAUGAAAAUCCGACAGAUAUGACCAUCGAUCAACAAAGGGAAAUUCUUGAUAAGACAUAUCGCAUGCUCACAGACUUCGCGGGCAAGCCACCAAGAGGUAGCGUCGCGCCAUGGUGGGAAACAAGCAAGGAGGGGGCCCAGCUUUUGCUCGACUAUGGCAUUGAAUACGACCACAGUAUGAGCCAUCACGAUUGCCAACCGUAUUAUCUACGAACUGGCGAUGAAUGGACCAAGAUUGAUUACAAAAAGAAGCCUAGCGAUUGGAUGAAGCCCCUUGUGAGGGGACAAGAAACAGGGCUCGUGGAGAUACCAGCCAACUGGUACCUCGACGAUUUGCCGCCAAUGAUGUUUAUCAAAGAUGCGCCCAACAGCCAUGGUUUUGUCAACGCCAGGGAUGUGGAGGACAUUUGGCGAGAUCAUUUCGACUACUUCUACCGCGAGUACGAUGAGUUCAUCUUUCCGCUGACAGUCCACCCGGACGUGUCUGGUCGUCCUCACGCAUUGCUCAUGCACGAAAGACUCAUCGAACACAUGAAGAAGCACGAGGGGGUGGAGUUCGUCACCAUGGAGCAGAUUUGCGACGAGUUCAAGACGAAGACGGCGCCGGCGCAGGGAGCUGUGAUGCCUGCGGAGCCUGGCGCCAUGCUCAAGAAAGAAGCCAUAGGAGCAUAGAUACCUUAGUUCAGUUUUGUAACGGAAGAUUGAUAUCCGAAUCUCAACGCUCAAGAGAUUCCAUGCCUA